AUGUCAUGCUUAGAAGAGAGUCAGGCUGAUUGUAGGUGUCUGUAUACAUUAACGUUAACAGAUGCAAUAAUUCAUGAACAAUUUUCUGAAAUGAAAGAUAGUUUCAAUCAUGUGCCCAGUAUUCAUGAAGUGGAUGAAGAAGAAACUGACGAGGAAAAUACCUGUGAUCAAGAAUCAAAGACCCCCAAAGAUAUUGAACAAUCUGCAGAUUUAGCAAAAGACACUAUAGAUGAAGAUUCCAUCUAUAGCAAUGACUCGUUCUGUUCUGAUGAGUCUGGCGAUGAAUCUGAAGGAACUAACAUCACAUCAAGAUCGCUUAAUGAGUCCCAUCAUUCUCCUGAAAUCACUAAUUGCACAAGUAAUCAAAAAGAUAGAAAAAGUAAAAAAGAAGAAGGAUCUGAAAAUAUAAUACAAAACAAUGAAAUUACAAACUUAGUUUCCUGUAGAAGUUCAAUAUCUGAAGAUAAUUCUAUAGGCAUCAAACAGGUAAGGAACAGAAGGAGGAAUAUGAGUUUUACAGAUGAUGAAAUUCGGAAGAUCGAAUGGGAGAAUCAAAUUCUUUUGAGAAAGAUAAUGGCACAACAAAGACCAAAGGAGAAGAUACUUCAUGAAAAUGUCCCAUCAACGCGCAUAAGCAGCUCUGCAAUAAAUAGAAAGAAAUUACAGAAGAAAAUAGAAAAUGAAAAUAUAUUACUGUUGCAAAGGAUACAACAAACUAAAUCACGUGUUAUGAACAAUACAACAAAACCUGGUUGUAGACAGACAAUUUUAUAAUCUGUAAGAAAAAAAUAAUUUUUAUAUGUCUUAGAUUACAGAAAAUUUUUGAUUGAUAUUGUCCUAUUUUACAUUAACUAUCUGUAAUACAAACCUUAUAACUGUGGUUUAUUUUCUGCACCACAAAAAAUUUUAAAUACUUAUAUUUUAAAAUUAUAAAGAAAAGAUGUCAAAUUUCAUAAAUAUACUUUAUCAGUUUUGUAAUAAAACUUAUUUUACUAAAUUAUUUUAAGCAGAUUUUAAUAAUUCUUUUCAUAAAUAAUUGAAUAUUUUAAGCCACUUUCUUUAAAACAAAUUAUUUAUAAAAGUAAGAUUCAAAUUAUUAAAACGCAGUAACUUUUUUACCAGUCUUGAAGAGUAGGUACACAUUUUUAUUUUGUUUUGUAUACAUCAUAACUUUGUAAAAUGUUUUGAAAACUUACCGAAGAAAUUUCUACAAGUCAAGACUAUAAAAAUCACAGUUCACACUCGUUCCAAAUAACUUAAUUAUUACCUUUCUUUACGUAA